UCUGAUCAAUAUGGUCUAAAGUUCGGGGGUACAAAACCAGUGGCACUUUUCCUACGGGUCCCUCCGCUUCCUUCUGAUUGGCUGGUCUGCCCACCCGCUGUCAUGUGAUUGUGUCAGAUACCGGAAGACUUCAACAACGGUUCCAGGAUGACAGUGGUUGUCCAGUGGUUGCUCCUGGUGGCUCCGGUGGUGCUGGUUGCAAGCAGGCCGGCUCAAGACUCCACCAAUGGGACAGUACCUCUGGUUAUGUGGCAUGGGAUGGGUGACAGUUGCUGCAACCCGCUCAGCUUGGGGGCGAUAAAGAAAAUGAUCCAGCAGGAUAUUCCAGGCAUUUAUGUUCUUUCAUUGAUGAUUGGCAAGAAUUUUGUGCAGGACACAGAAAGUGGAUUCUUCAUGGAUGUGAAUGAACAGGUGUCCAUGGUGUGCAGUCAGCUGGCUCAGGAUCCCCAGUUAAAGGGAGGAUACAAUGCUAUGGGAUUCUCGCAGGGGGCGCAAUUUCUGAGAGCUGUGGCACAGCGAUGUCCUUCUCCACCAAUGAAGACGCUCAUCUCUGUCGGUGGCCAGCACCAAGGUGUGUACGGGCUGCCAAGGUGUCCCGGAGAGGCAUCCCACCUCUGUGACAUGAUCCGAAAGGCCCUCAACACUGAAGCCUACAGUGACCUGGUUCAAAAACACCUGGUGCAGGCCCAGUACUGGCAUGACCCUUUAAAUGAUGACCUUUACAAGAAGCACAGUCGCUUCCUGGCUGAUAUCAACCAGGAGAGGGUCGUAAACGAGACUUAUAAGAAAAAUCUUCAGAUGCUGGACAAAUUUGUCAUGGUUAAGUUUCUACAAGAUUCUGUGGUGGAUCCUGUUGAUUCUGAGUGGUUUGGCUUCCUGAAAACGGGUCAAGCCAAAGAGACUGAAACUCUACAGGAGAGUGUUCUCUACAAAGAGGAUCGCCUGGGCCUGGCUGUCAUGGACAAGGCAGGAAAGCUGGUCUUUCUUACCACAGAAGGAGACCACCUUCAGUUUACCCGAGAAUGGUUUAAUGCAAACCUGCUGCCCUACUUACGCUAAGACCACAAAUUCCUGCCGGUCUUUCUUGCGCCAGAAGGAGACCACCUUCAGUUUACCAGAGAAUGGUUGAAUGCAAACCUGCUUCCCUACUUACGCUAAGAAAACAAACUGUGGGUGAGGGUCAUCCUAACUACUUCGACAUGGGGCUGUAGAAAGCACAGCAUUCCCCUCCCAUUGCACUAAUCUGUAGCAUGCUGAGGAGUUGAGGUUAAUGGUAAAGCUAAUUUAUGUCUACUGCUCUUAUUACUUCUUACUUGAUCGGUUGUUAUUACUUCCUUUGUAAAAGAUUAUAAUUAGGUGAAAAUUGUUUUUUUGAAUGUGAACUUUUUUUUUUUUUUUAGAAUAAAUAGUUGCUAUUAAAGUUCAUUUCCAUGCAUACACGUCUAAAUAAAAACAAGAACAUUAUUGCAACAUUUUAA